AUGAGGACGAGGAGCGGGUCCCGGUAUUCCAACGGCAGCGAGGUGGUUGCCUUGGUGGGGCAGAAGAGGAAGAGGUCGGCGUCGGCCGUCGCCGGAGAGUGCGCCUGCGGCGGGCGCAGGAAGCGGCUUACCGGCGGUCUGGACUACCUGGACGCGCUCCCCGAUGACCUUGUCCUCUCCAUCCUGACCAAGCUCGCCGCCUCCUCCUCGGCGCCCUCCGACCUGCUCUCCGUCCACCUCACGUGCAAGAGGCUCAACGAGCUCGGCGGCCAUGACAUGGUGUUCGCCAAGGCCUCGCCGGCGUCGCUGGCCGUCAAGGCGGCGGCGUGGUCCGAGCCGGCGCAGAGGUUCCUCAAACGCUGCGCCGACGCCGGCAACCUGGAGGCCUGCUACAUUCUCGGCAUGAUUCGGUUCUACUGCCUGGGCAGCCGCAGCGGCGGCGCGGCGCUGCUGGCGAGGGCGGCCGUCGGCGGGCACGCCGCGGCGCUCUACUCGCUGGCGGUGAUCCAGUUCAACGGCAGCGGCGGCGCCAAGUCGGACCGCGACCUGCGGGCGGGGGCGGCGCUGUGUGCGCGCGCGGCCGCGCUGGGCCACGUCGACGCGCUCCGCGAGCUCGGGCACUGCCUCCAGGACGGCUACGGCGUGCGUCGGGACCCCGCCGAGGGCCGCCGCCUCCUGGUCGCCGCGAACGCACGCGAGCUCACCCUCGCGCUCUCCGCGGCGGCCGCCUCGCGCCACGCCGUCGCCGCGCUGCCCUUCGCCGCCGCUGCGGCCGCGGGCGGCGUCGGUGGUGGAGGGUGCCCGCUCCUGUCGGACUUCGGGUGGAGCCUCCCCGAGGCGGAGCCCCACGCGGCGAACCAGUUCAUGGUGGACUGGUGGGCCUCACGCUGCGCCGCCCAGGCUGGCGGAAAGAAGCCCGGCGGCGACAGCAGCGGCGUGGACGGCGACGGCGCGGAGCUCCGGCUGUGCUCCCACAUGCGGUGCGGGCGGCGCGAGACGCGGCGGCACGAGUUCCGGCGGUGCUCCGUGUGCGGCGCGGCCAACUACUGCUCCCGCGCGUGCCAGGCGCUGGACUGGAAGCGCGCGCACAAGGCGCAGUGCGUGCCCAUGGACCGGUGGCUCCUCGCCGCCGUUGGCGGCGGCGGCGGCGAGGCCCAGCAACAGCAGCAGUGA